AUGGAGGAGGAGUACUCUCUCCACCCCGCGAUCUCUUUCUCCAGUGACAUUUCAGUCUCUUUCGAAGAGGACGCCACUUCCACUCCCGCCGCUUCUUCCGGGCGUGUUGACACGAAUCAAUCCUCUGCGUCGCGGAACGCUCCUACCCCGGCACCUUCACCGGUUAAUGGUGCGAAUGCUCUUAUGGAGGCUAAGAACAAGGGAAUUAGCGCAGCGGAGCUUGCUAAGUUUCUUGACGAGAAAGUUCCCUUCAGGAAAAAGGUUGCGGAGUAUGCUAACAAGCAUUCUGUCCAAUGGAUAAAACGGGCUUCUGUACUUAAGCAUGAUGGUACAGUUGAAAUUAAAGUUCCAGGAGCAGGAAGUAGUGUUGAGCAUGAUGUUAAAUGUGAUGAACCUCAUGAUGAAUUUUGUGAUGCAAUACACUGUCAGGAUAUUCAAUCUAUUAAGCCACUUCAAAUUGUAAUGCUUAUAGUAGGCACACGAGGAGAUGUCCAGCCAUUUGUUGCCAUGGGGAAGCGUCUGCAGGAAGAUGGCCACAGAGUUAGGCUAGCUACUCAUAAGAACUUUGAAGAUUUUGUCUUGAAUGCAGGCUUGGAGUUUUACCCUUUGGGUGGUGAUCCUAAAGUUCUUGCUGGUUAUAUGGUCAAGAAUAAAGGCUUCUUGCCAUCAGGACCUUCAGAAAUACAUAUACAAAGAAAUCAAAUCAAGGAUAUCAUUGAUUCUUUGCUUCCUGCAUGCCACAGUCAUUACCCAGAGUCUAAUGCAAUAUUUGAAGCAGAAGCGAUAAUUGCCAAUCCUCCAGCAUAUGUUGAUGGUUUAAUCUGGCUUGGAAUACGAGACUUGAUAAAUGAGUUUAGGAAGAAAAGGCUGAAGCUAAAGCCCGUUACUUAUCUAAGUGGAUCUUACACUCACCCUUUUGAUGUGCCCCAUGGUUAUAUAUGGAGCCCUCACUUAGUCCCUAAACCAAAAGACUGGGGACCUAAGAUUGAUGUCGUUGGAUUUUGUUUCCUUGACCUUGCUUCAAAUUAUGAACCACCAAAAUCGCUAGUAGAUUGGCUUGAAGAGGGCGAAAAACCUAUUUAUGUUGGAUUUGGUAGCCUUCCUUUAGAAGAACCAGAGAAAAUGACGAAAAUUAUAAUACAAGCUCUGGAAAAAACAGGACAGAGAGGUGUCAUCAACAAAGGCUGGGGUGGUCUUGGGUCUUUGGCAGAACAAAAGAAAUCUGUGUAUUUAUUGGACAACUGUCCGCAUGAUUGGCUGUUUCCCCAAUGCACUGCAGUGGUACAUCACGGUGGUGCGGGAACAACUGCAGCUGGUCUUAGAGCUGAAUGCCCAACAACCAUUGUACCAUUCUUUGGGGAUCAGCCAUUUUGGGGAGAGCGGGUACAUGCUAGAGGAGUAGGUCCUGCACCCAUCCCGGUGGAUGAGUUUACACUAGAUAGGCUGGUCGAAGCCAUACACUUCAUGCUGAAACCAGAGGUGAAAAGGCGUGCUGUUGAACUUGCUGAUGCCAUGAAAAAUGAGGAUGGGGUGCUAGGCGCGGUUAAAGCUUUCUAUAAACAUUACCCGGACGAAAAAUCCAAAUGUGAGGAAUCCAAGUCUAAGCAAUUAGCCUCCGCAGCCGACCCCAGGCCAAUGCAUAAAUAUUUCUCUAUACGACAAUGCUUUGGUUGCUCUCCUAUUUCUUCGCUGGAUACACAUCGACCAUAA